AAGCCAGAGGAAACCGUCUUGUACGUAGUACUGUACAGUUUUCAUGAUAAUUAAGUUGUCAUACUUUUGUGGGAGCUAGUGUUCGAUCUUUCUCUCCAAACUAGAAAAAUUAAUUAGUAAUGGCCGAGGCAAGUAGAAUAUUAUCGUCCAGCUUUCAAAUUCAACCUCCAGCAUAUGGAGAUCUUAUUACAGUUCUUAGUAUAGAUGGAGGAGGUAUUAGAGGAAUCAUUCCUGGAGUGGUUCUCGCUUACCUCGAGUCUCAACUUCAGGAGCUUGAUGGCGAGGAUGCAAGAAUUGCUGAUUACUUUGAUGUAAUAGCUGGGACAAGUACAGGUGGUCUUAUUACAGCCAUGAUAGCAGCACCAAAUGCAAAGAAUCGCCCUUUGUAUGCUGCCAAAGAUAUAGUACCGUUUUACCUUGAGAACUCUCCCAAAAUCUUCCCGCAAGCAAAGGGGAUUUGUGCUUCAGCUGUGAAUCUAGUGAAAGUUUUAAUAGGUCCCAAGUAUGAUGGGAAGUAUCUUCACAACCUCAUAAGAAAGAAUCUAGGGGACAUAAAGUUGCACCAAACCUUGACAAAUGUCAUUAUUCCAACUUUUGACAUCAAGAAACUUCAGCCCACCAUGUUUUCCUCAUACAUGGUGUCAACCCAAACAAAUGUGGAUGCUGCACUAUCAGACAUAUGUAUAGGCACCUCUGCAGCCCCGACUUAUUUUCCUGCCCACUAUUUUACAAAUCAAGAUGCACAAGGGAACACGCAUGAUUUCAAUCUUGUUGAUGGUGGCAUGGCUGUUAAUAAUCCGACACUGGUGGCCAUUACUGAAGUGGUCAAACAGAUUAUUAAGAAGGAUCCAGAUUUUCCCCCCACUGAAAGCAUGGAAUUCAACCGGUUGCUCGUGAUUUCGUUGGGGACCGGUUCAAACAAGAGCGAAAAAAAAUAUAAUGCUCAAAUGGCUUCAAAGUGGGGAGCAAUAUCUUGGGUAUAUAAUGGUGGCCAUAGUCCAGUGAUAGAUUGUUACAGUGAUGCAAGCAAGGAUAUGGUUGAUUUCCACAAUUCUGUGGUUUUUCAAGCUUUUAAUUCCGAAAACAACUACCUUCGUAUAGAUGAUGAUACGCUGCUCGGUAAUUUAUCUUCUGUUGAUGUAGCUACCAAAGAGAACUUGGAAAAUCUAGAGAAAUUGGGUGAGAACUUGCUGAAGAAACCAGUUUCGCGCAUCAAUCUGGAUACUGGUCUCUAUGAAGCAAUUGAAAAUGGCGGAACCAAUGAGGAAGCCUUGGAAAGGUUUGCAAAGAUACUUUCAGACGAAAGGAAACUCCGAGAGUCCAAAAAACCAAGCAACAAAGGCACAAAAUAGUGAACUCCGAUUUGUUGACCUACAGAUAUUGGGACAAAAUAGUGAAUGAUGCUGUUUAAGGAGAAUAAUUUGUAAUUUCAGUUGAUAAGCAAGGAAUCAACAUAGAAGAAUAAAAUGGAAUGUGAAGAAUUUCAAAAUAAUUAGAAGCACUCAUUAAUUUACAGCUUUCCGGG